AUGACAAAACUACUAGAAAAAAUUAUUAACUCAAGAUUAAUGUGGUACCUAGAAACUAACAAUCUAAAUUCUAAUUUACAACAUGGUUUCCGCAAAAAUAAUUCUACUUUGGACUCCUUAGCAAUUAUUGAAAAUGAAAUUAAAGAAACUUUCAAUCAAAAUCAAUACUUGGUUUUAGGCAGCCUUGAAUUACAAAAAGCCUUCGACACUAUAUGGCGCCACCGACUUAUUACAGUCGUUGCCAGAGAAAUUGAGCCGGCGGCGGCAGCGCUUUUCAGUAAGUGUAGCCCAAACUAG